CCUUUGGGUGAUUAAAAGUAAAACAGAAAUUACUGAAAGAAUUAGUAUUGUGAGACUACUGGUAUCUACUUUAAAAUUUUAGUUUGCGAAAGUGCGUUAAAAAUUGAUUUAAAAAUCUAUUAAAUAAUAUGGCGCUGAGGAAAGCAUUAUCACAAAAUUUAGCAAAUGUCACUAGCAACAAUAAUUUGAAUUCAAAUCGCAAGGAAUUUGGAACGCAACCUAACAUAAUAUUUAUUUUUCCAAACAACGAAGGAUCUAUUUUGAAGGCCGAGAAACACGAACUUGUGAAAAUAAGUGAAGUUUUCGAAAAGCAGUUUUCUAGCGGAUUUUCUGAUGGAAAUAAAAAUGAGCAAAUAGCCAUUGCAGACAUAACAUUUGAUACAUUUAAUAGUAUGCUCAAUUUUAUAUAUAAUGGCCAUAUUGAUAUCUACGAAGGAAAUUAUCUGGAAGUUCUCUAUGCUGCUAAGAAAUACUUUAUUUUUGAACUAAUCCACAAGGUUAUGGACUUCAUUCUGGGCUUCAUGAAUCGGGAUAACUUGACCGAUCAUUAUGAAUUUAUUGAAAAUUUUGGUCUUAAAGCCGUAAAUGAAAAAAUGUGGGAAAUUUGUGUAGAAAAUCCCCUAAUUGUUAUAAAAAAUCUAAAUGACUCAAAGCCUCACAAACGCAUCUUGAAGAUGAUUCUUAAAUCACCGUACCUUGCUUGUUCAGAAUAUGAGCUGUAUAGAGCCAUUAUGCAGAUGAUGACAAAGAAAUGUAAAUCCGAAAAAAAAUUUUCAGAAAAAAUUAGACAGGAAUUAGGAAAUUUGAUCUACUUUAUUAGAUUUCCUGUAAUGUCAGUUGAUGAGUUGAUUUCAAGUGCUAAACCUCCAUGUCCUUUGAAAGAAAAGGAAAUAGUGGAUUUUCUUUUGUGGUCUAAGGAAAAAAUUUUCACAGAAACUUUACUACAUUUUUCAACGAGUAAAAGGAUUAGUCCGCCAGUGCACAAUUCAUCACACAAUUCAAGGAUAUCACAGCCAGCACCAAGCCAGCACCCAGUUCGCAAUCGUUAUUAAAUAAAACAAUAAAAAUUAAUUAAAAUUUUAAUGUUUCAAAAGAAGAAAUAUACUCUAUCGCUAUUUA